AUGGCACCCACAGACUCAGAUCUGUCAUCACUAUCAUCGGCACCACCAACAGACGACGAAGCCGCUAUGGCUAUCGACGAGAAGCCUGUUGGUAUCGCAAAAUACUUCAGAAAAGAGUCUGAGACUCCGCCGCCAAAGCGGGAGCCAUCACCACCACAUGAAUAUGUGCUGGCAGACAACUCCAGUAUCGCUUUCAUCGUCAUGUUCCGCGCGCGAUUCCACGACGCCUUUCCUCGCAACCUGCCACAUUUUGGUCCACAGGACAUCGAGAGAGGUGUUGAAGAGCCCAUCCCGGGUGAAUAUAUUGAGCGACUGCUUUGCGCAUUGUUAGGUCUUGUUUUGAACCGCAAGAAGGAUGUUGAACGGAAUCAUUAUACACGACCGCUAGAGGAGGCAAUUCAUACACAUCAACCACAGUGGCCCAAAGCAUGGGAGGGCAAGAAUCCCCUUCACGGGGGUCGCAGUUUUACGACCAUGACACCCGAAGAACGCCUUGAGCUACUUAGGUCUUUGAUCCUCUGGUCUCUUUCGUCAUCUGAAGCCAUUCAGGCCAAGAUCAAGGAGUCUUACAAGCAAGCGCGCCAUGACGACGACCUCAACCAGCCUCUAUCCGUUCAAUCGUGGGGCCGUGAUAGUUUGAAACGGCGAUACUGGCUGAUCGAAGGGCAAGAUGACACUAAUUUCCGUUUAUACCGUGAGAGCAACCCCGCUCUCAAACAUGUCAGCUGGUGGAGCGUUGCCGGAAGUAUCCCCGAGAUACAAGAUCUCGCCGAGAAACUGCAGCAAGAGAAAGGCACAAAUUCGAAGAAACUUGCCGAGAGGAUAUAUAAUGCGAUUCCCCGGUUCGAGGCAUCAGAAGAGAAACGAAAACGCCGGGACUACCGUCUUGCUCGCAAGGCCGCAUUUACCCGACCCGAUCCUGGAUUUUCUAUGUACGAAGGUCGAACUCGUGGAAAAAAGUUGAAGUAUACGUACUCUGAAGAUGAGGAUAUCUUCUCCGACGACCAGCCUUCCAGACGAUCCGCUCGCAAUGCAUCAUCCAACGUGGCAGCCCCCGAGCCUCGUUCUCGAUUCACGGCCAGCGGGCGGCAGAUUCGUUCCCGUGCUGGAGGUCUUUAUGGAGAGACCUUGCUUAGUGGACAACGUGAAGACUCUGAGGAGGAAGAGGAGGAGGACACUGCAAGACCGCAGAGAUCCCGAAUUUCCACCAAUCCCAACGGCUACUCUGGAUAUGCUGCUGAUGAUCUUGAGGACGAGUCGGAAGCCCGGUCCAGUGGAAAUGAAAGUGGAAAUGAGUGGCAAAGCGGAGACAAUGAAAAUGGCGUUGAGGAUGAGGAAGUAGAAGACUCAAGCGGGGAUGAAUCCAUUAUCAACGGAGAGCCUCCUAGUCUCGUGGUUCAACUUCGUGUUGGCAAAGGGAAUAUGCAAAGUGAACAGAAACCAGCCAACGAUGAGCCUCCUCCUGCGCAAGAUGUUCAGAUGAAGGGUAUCCGUGAAGUCGUGCCAUCGCCAUCCGCCACAGACCAGGAGUUGAAACCCCUAGCAGAGAAGCUCCCGCAGGUCCCGAUAGGCCCAGUAGUGGCCGCACCAGCCAUACCCUCCAAACACCAGGAGACCGCCCUGCCGAUGACGGCGGAUGCAUCAAACUUGCCCAAUAUCUCCACGCCACAGGUACCGAAUUCCGUUCAGCCCGAGGAGAAUGGAUGGAUUCAAGAUAGCAACGGGGCUGAGAGUCGACCGGGUGCUGGACUGACUCAAGUGCAUGCUCCUACUCAAGGCUAA